AUGAAUUUAUAUAUUUAUUUAUUUAUUAUAUUGAAUUUCUUUAUUAUUAAUGUUCAUUCAUUAAUAGAUGGUCUUUAUUGUGGUAAAGAUAAUUGUUAUGAUUUAUUAAAUGUAACACGUACAGCUACUAAACAAGAAAUAGUUAAAGCAUAUAGAAAUUUAGCUAAAAAAUAUCAUCCUGAUGUAGCAAAAACAUUGACAGAUAAAGAAAUUUAUACAGAAAAAUUUCGAGCUUUUGCUAAUGCUUAUGAAAUUUUAAGAGAUGAAGAAACAAGAACAGAUUAUGAUCGAAUGUUAGAUAAUCCAGAUCAAUAUUAUACACAUUAUUAUCGUUAUUAUCGACAUCGAUAUGCACCUAAAGUUGAUGUUCGUCUAGUUUUAUUUAUUCUUAUAUCUGUUAUUAGUGCAAUUCAAUAUUAUAGUCAAUAUAGUAAUUAUAAUACAGCGAUUAAUUAUCUCAUCACAGUACCAAAAUAUCGUAUACAAGCUCAAGAAAUUGCUCGACAAGAAGGUUUGCUUGGAAGUAACACUGAAUUAUCGAAAAAAAAUCGUGGACGAAAAACUAUAAGUAAACAAGAAGAAGAAGCUAUUUUAAAACGAAUUGUCGAACAAAAACUUGAUAUUAAAGGUGGUUAUAAGAAACCAAGUAUUAAACGUGUACUUUGGCUUCAAUUAGUACUUUUUCCAUAUUAUUUAUUUUUAAAAUUACAAUGGCAUAUACGAUGGAUUUAUAAAUUUCAUAUAAAUAAACAUGAAUUAGGUGAAGAUGAAAAAAUCUAUUUAAUAUGUCGAUAUUUAAAAAUAAAUCGUGAACAAUAUGAAUCACUUUCUGAAAAAGAACAAAAUCAAAUAUGGGAAAGAAAAAUAUGGAUAAAAGAAAAUUUUCUUCAAUGGAAAGCUGAAAAAGAUGAUGAACAAAAGAAAAAAUUAAGUGAAUCUGGUCGUUAUAAAGCUUAUCGUCGGUAUGUAAAAAGUGGUGGACCUGGACAAAUCACAUUUGAUCCUGAUUAA